AUGUCUACAACAAUCGAGCCACAGCAACAGCAACAACAACAACAAGAGCAUUUUCAAUCUCAAGUUAAGAAAGAAAAACAACAAUCUAAAAAAAUUACUGAAGGUGAAGCAGAUUUAUAUUUAGAUCAAUAUAAUUUUACUACUACAGCAGCAAUUGUUAGUUCUGUGGAUAGAAAGAUCUUUGUGUUACUGAGAGAUGGUAGAUUAUUGUUUGGUGUACUUAGAACAUUUGAUCAGUACGCGAAUUUAAUCCUGCAACAUUGUGUAGAAAGAAUAUAUAUAACAGAAAAGAAUCAGUAUUGCGAAGAAGAUCGUGGUAUAUUUAUGAUUAGAGGAGAAAAUGUUGUUAUGUUAGGAGAAAUAGAUAUUGACAAAGAAGAUCAACCAUUAGAAUCUAUGGAACGUAUACCUUUUAAGGACGGUGAGACCAUUAAAAAGAUUAACGAUAAUAAUAGAUUUAAAAGAGAAACACAAAAGACAAAGGAAUAUGCUCGUUACGGUCUAACACAUGAUUUUUACAAAUCAGACAUGUAUUAA